AAUAAUAUAUUUAUAUAUAUAUAAUUAAAUAAUAAAGCCCUCGUUUUUGGAAUUCCAUUUUCUUCCUUGUCUUGUUUCUUCUCUGCAUCUAUGGGAUCUCGUGCAUAGACCAACCCCAGAAGAAGGAAAUAAAUAAAAAAAUAAAAAUCAACUUUUUUGUAAAUCCCCACCUUUUUUCUGCUAACGAUUUUAUGUUUCUUUCUUAGUUUCUGUAGUUUAUCUUUGUCGAUCGUAAUUGGGUUUGAUCUUUCUCUCUCAAUUUGAUAAUUGUGUUGUGUUUCUUUUGGAUUUUAUUUUUCCCAAGAAAAAUCUUGAAAUUUAAUGUUGAUUGAAUUUUGUUCAGGGUUUGGGGGUUAGGUUUAGGGUUUGUUUUUCAUUGGUGCGGUGGUUAAAUGUUGAUCUGUGGUUAGUGCCGGCCAUGUAUGACCUUCCUUGGGAUUUAAUUGGGUUUUGGAGAUUGGUGCUUAGUUAUCCCCAAUCUACUGUGGGAUUCCUUUCUGCUUCUUCAUUCCUCUUAGUUUUAAUUUUUUGUGAUUGAUUUGGUGUUUGGAUGCAUGCAAUUGGAAUGUUCUGCAAUUGCCCUGUUCUUUUCUGUGAAACAGAGGUUUGUGCGUGGAAAUCAUUACUAGUUUGUUUGAUUAUCUAUAUAAAUUUGUGAUAGAUGUCUUAUUUGGCAAAUAAGGGGUUCUUGUUGUUCAUGAAUCUUGUGAACUAGCAACACUUUGUUGCUUGAUAUUUCUGCAUGGGAUUUUGUUAUUUUUCUUGAUGUUAUUUUUAUUCUAUUGGUUUCUGCUUAAUAUUUGAUAUACGGGCGAUGAAUCGAAUUUCAUACUCUAUGUUAUGAUCCAUGUCCAUUUUAUUGAUUAUAUGACUUAAUAGUGCUAAUUGCUCCCAUGCUUUAGGACUUUUGAAGAGUAUGUGGGAUAGACAUCCUGAAUGUGUAAAAUUUGAUUUGAUUUUCCGGAGUAACUGAAACGUUGGGUUGUUGGAUAAGAAGAAUUCCUACCUACACUGCUAACCUUACCUUUUUUUGGCUAUUAUCAAUGCAGUAAUCCUUCACUUGCAUAUUUACAACUAACCCUGAUAAUGUCUUUGUAAUUUCCUGAACUUUUCUGUCCCUCACCAUCAUGAUAUAUACGGAGUGUUGCUUCUGUAACAAUAAUGCACUGAAGUGGUUUUUGUUUCUGAUUUAUUUUCCUGCAUGCUCAUUUGAGUUUUACUCAAAUAACUAGAAAAAACUCAUUCCCCCCCAUAUAUGACAUUUUAGUAUGUCAGUUCCAUUCAUAUGUUCUCCUGGGUUGAAUCCAUGUUGACUUGUUUGAUCUUAGAUGCAAAACAAAAAUAAACGGGAUUUACUGAUGAGUCUGGAUCACAUAAUCCAUGUUGACUUCUGAUAAUGUGAUCUAGCAUACUAGGUAUAAACUUGUUAGAAUAGUAAACUCCCUUCCAGUGUUGCGUUAAUGAAUCAGUUUGAUUGAAGUGUCCUUAUUUCUCUGUUCAUAUAUAGUUCUGUUUCUAAUUGACGAUUCCUAGAUUUUAAACUUAAUUGAUAUUGAAAUUUAUUGGAUUGAGAUCUUGUGUUGCUGAACAUAGUCUUUUUCUUCUUUUUUUUGAUGGUGUACCCGCAGAUUUUGGGGCUUGUUGGUGAUUCUGUUGUACAGAAGUGUUCGUUAGUUAUACAUGUGUCCAAGAUUAUUGUAUACAUUGAUUCAUUUUUUGUAUCGUACUUUGGAGCAUUGCCUGAGGGAUUGCCCUCUGAUUCUUUUGUGAAGUCACCUAAAGUUCUUAUAAUUACAAACUGAGCCAGAAGCUGGUAGGGAAUAUAGCUAGAGCUUAUCGCCUUGGUAAGUUUAUAAGCUAACAAUACAUCAUAUUGUUAAUCUCAUGUCCUUUAUUAAUGUCUGAAAAAUUCCUUUUGCAUUGUGCUCAAUACAUAUUUGUUGAACUGUUUCAUUUCAUUUCUUGUAUGGAUCUCCUUUUUCAUUAUUUUCAUUGGCAAAUAUUUUUCUAUUCAUUUUUAUCUGUUAAAGUCUCUUUUUCUUAUACAUAGUUUUCUUCUAUGAGAAAAGCUGAACUUUACAAUGAGUAGACCUAAUUUUCUUCUAUGAGGAAUCUAGAUUUUGCAAUUGACAAGAAAGUCUUCGUUAAUAGUCACUAGAGCAAGGUCCCUUAUGUUGGAAGUUGUAACAUAUGGGAAAGGAUACAAAGUGUUGUUACAACAGAUAAGAGUAAUUGUCAGUCUUUGUCAAAUUAGUUUUUAGUUUAGUCUGAAGCAAGGACACCAUUCUAGUAUAGGUCUUUUAGUUCAAAGAAUCCAAUGACGAAGGUGCCAUUAACCUUGAAUGAUGAUUAAUAAUACUAGCCAAAUGCUUGGUUUUGAAUCCAAGAUUGUUAUAUUGUUGUCUAUGGAUAUGUAUGAAGAAGUAAUUACACGAUGGGGCUACCUCAUCCUUUAGUUAUGCUUCAUUUUGUGUUGUCAACAGUUGUGCUUUUUAUCAGUUUUUUUUUUCUUUUUUUACUUUUAUAAUUAUAGAGUCAAACAAAUGACAGCUUUUGUGUCAGUAAAGUUUGAACUUUUGAGCAGUGGAAAAGGUGUGAUAUACAUCAUUUUGAAUUAUAAAUCAAUGCCCUUCAGAGUUCACAUGUUGCAAUGUCAGAUGUAGAUUAUACCUUGUUUAUGUAAAUCUCAAAAUCACACAUAGAAUCAAAACAUUAUCCUCUUAUCAUGUUUUGUAGGAAGGAUGUAAUAGUACAUAAGCUUCACUGUUGUGUGUAAUAAAAGGAAAACGUUAUACGUUUGUAUUUUUUUGUUCCUUUUUCGUGUUUUAAUGGGUAAGGGCAAAUAGAACUAAAACUAUAGGAAUACAUAGAAAUUAGAGGGAAGCCAGUGACUAGAAAUCCGAGCAAUAUUAUACAUAAAGCUUGUCAGUUAUUGCUUUUCUUGUGCAUUUCACAAUAGACAGAGCUUAAGUGAUUUGUGUGGAGUUUUAUUAUAUCCAGUUUUAGUUUGUUACAUUUUUAUUGUAACUCUUUGCUUGUUCCUAGACUAAUAGAAUUUCUCUUCUACUGCUGAUCAUGUAUUUUAUUUUUAAUUUAAUGUUAAAGAAUAGUGUGUAUGAUAUCCAAGUUUGUAAAAUUGAAAAAAAUGUGGUCCGGUUACUUGCAUCCUUUUCUAAUUGGUUCAAUAUGUUGAGUAGUUAACACCUUGCGAAGAAGAUGGCUGGUGUUAAGAGAAGAUUAUGUAGUGAUUCAGAUAUCCAUGCUCUUCACAAAGAACUGGAUGAAGUUUCAUGUCCUAUCUGCAUGGACCAUCCACAUAAUGCUGUUCUCCUACUUUGCAGCUCUCAUGAGAAGGGCUGCAGAUCUUACAUUUGUGAUACAAGUUAUAGACAUUCAAAUUGCUUGGACAGAUUUAAAAAAAUGAGGGACAAUUCUAAGGAGAACCAAAAUUUACCCAGUUCUUUAGUUAACACAAACAAUUCUGGAUCAAGACAGGGUGAUGCCCAAGAUCCAAGUAGGCAUUUAGACCAACAUGAUGAAGGAAUUUUAGAAACUGCUGAUUCUGAGACCUUGCAGGACAGGGCUGUGCUUGAGGAUUUAGAUGCAGAUAAUUCAUCUGACUCAAAAUUGAAAUUGAAAUGCCCUUUGUGCCGAGGUGCAGUAUUGAGCUGGGAGGUGGAUGAAGAGGCUAGAAAUUAUCUGAACGUGAAGAAGAGAAGUUGCUCAAGGGACUCAUGCUCAUUUGUUGGUGAUUAUCUGGAACUGCGUAGGCAUGCAAGGAGAGUUCAUCCUACUUCUCGACCCUCUGACAUUGAUCCUACAAGAGAAAGAGCCUGGCGAAAUUUUGAGCGCCAGAGGGAAUACGGAGAUAUCAUGAGUGCUAUUCAGUCUGCAAUGCCAGGAGCUGUGCUGGUUGGAGACUAUGUUCUUGAGAAUGGAGAUGGUAUUGGUAGGUUAUCAGAUGAACGUGAAGGCAACAUCAGCAAUGCAAAUGGACCUUGGUUAACGACCACCAUAUUGUUUCAAGUGAUGGAUAAUACCAUUGAAAUAGUUAGGGAACCAAGAGCUCAUUCAAGUACAUGGACAAGGCACCGGCGUUCAUCUGAACGCCGGCGAUAUCUUUGGGGUGAGAAUUUACUGGGUCUUCAUGAAAACGACAUUGAAGAUGAUCUUAGGAUAUUUAGUGACGCAGCUGAAGAUCCAUCCCCUGUCCCAAGGAGGCGAAGACGUUUGACCCGGACAAGAUCCAAUGAAGAUCAACCACGAUGAUUGCCAUCAUUUACCUGAAUUGUUUGAAUUUAUUCAAAGUUGUGGUGGGAAAUGCAUGCAUACAGACCUAUGUUCCAGCUUGGGGACCCAGAAGAAUAUGGUGAAGCAGGAAGUUCAGAAUAAAUCAUAGUCGUUUCCUUGAACACCAGUUUCAUUGAAACAAGGAAAAUCUCGGAAGGAUGUUUUCACAAACACGUUUGAUGUAAAAUGCAUUUAGCCUUGAUUGUAGCACUGUUAAUAUAGUUAUGAUGCAUAAUAACUCGUACUGUGAACCUAUGCUGCUGUUCAAUCCUUAUCUGAACUAAAUCGUUUGGUUUGA